AUGAAGUUCUUCAGUGUUCUCGCCAGCGUUGCCCUUUUGACACCCGCCGUCCACGGAGCCUGGUGCACAUCUUACGGUAUUUCGACAAGAUUCGCAUGCGAGAGCGGGAGGUUUCAAUUCUGUUGUGACGCGCCCAACUCCCCGGCGGGAGACUACAACGUUUUUCGAGGUGACUGUACUCGUCCCGAAGGAAACACGCGUAACUGUGGUGAUGGUGGUUACGUUUCUUGCUGCCGUUGA